AACUUUGUUGUCAAACCGAUUUUCCAUUGCUAUCUCCAGAAGUAUCAGAAUCUCUCUGCGGUAUCUAUAGCACCUAAGAAAUGGUAAGUGUCUUACCUAUCUGUUGGGCUCAAAUCUCGACUAGGUUGUAGAGGGAAUUUUGUCCAAACUUGCAAACAAAAGCUGGUUUGAUGUUGAUGGCAUGAGUCUAGUGUGAUCGUUAGCACAAGUAAACACCGGGAAUUAUAAAAAUUGAACCAGUAAUCUGCUUGUACAGAUGUGAUCCCUAGUUACAACAAACGCAUUGAAGAUGAUUCGAAUCAUGGUUCAGCCGAUGUUUAAAAGACAUAAAUUUUGUUGCGUACUUUUAAAGCUGCUUUGUUAGUGGAAUUCUUGUGUUGCUGCAUAGAAGUGAAGCGUCGCUAUUGUUAUCACUGAAUUUGCGGCGGGAAAAAAAGCUAUGCUAUAGCAUUCUUUCUUAAAAACAGAUUGCAAAUAAAACGUUUUGUAUGUUGUUGAACAUUAAUCAGAAUGUUGCCCGCGUUUUUGCAAGCGUAAACAUCUAUAUAUGUUUGCUACUUUUAUUCUUAAGAAGCCUAAUUUUGCCUUUGUUCUGGAAAUAAUGUUAACCGUGGCUAUUAGCUAUUUGAAAAUUGCAUUUCGAUUGAAUUUUUACUCUUGUUUAGCUGAAUAAACACACUGGGUGAUGAUUGGAGGCAAAAUGGAGCUGCAUGUGAAUACAUGCAGGAUUCUCUGUUAUCAUUAAAUUAUAACCAAUCAAGACCUCGAUUAUUCUAGGUAUCACAAAAACUGAAUCUCAUUAUUGUUCUAUACAUAAUUCUGAAAUAAAUAACAACAAAUACACCAUUGCACGGAACCGAUUUGACAUUGCUCUUAGAAAUCAUGCAUUGUGUGCUCAACCUACAGAUAACUAAGCUGCACUGAUUUCCAAAAUUAACUGUAGGAUCUUAGCCAUGGUGAAUAGUGUGUACAAUGUAUAAUAAUGGCAAUUAGUGGGGUUAUAGUUUUUUUGGUUACAGCUUACCCCACCCUGGUAGAAACAAUGUUUUUGGCCCUGUCCACACGUAGAUCCAGAUAUUUUUUAAUCCACAGUUUUUUUCUUUCUGGACCCAAAAAUUUCCAUGUCCACAUUUAUGAGGGUGUCAAUGGGGUAUAGCUGUAGUCAGUAAACAGCUAAAAAUAUGGUAGUUAGUCAGUAAACACCAAAAAAAAGUUUAGUUAGUUAAUCGGCAUGGUUAUGUGUCCUGCAGACGUUAAAAUCGUUUGUGGGGUGGUGUUUUGCAUAUACGCCAGUGGAAAGACUUAAGUGUGAGGAAGAUUAACAAGUACAUCUCUAUCAUCCUACAUGUAUCUCACCAUAUCGUCUUUUUAUUUCAGGAGUGUUAAUUUUUUUGAAUCAAUUUCUAACUUUUUGGUCUACUUCGCUCUGUAUAUGCUUAAAAGAUUACCUGUUUUUAUAUGCUUGUCAGUUAAUAUUUUGUAAUUUAUACUUUUACGUUAGUGAAAAAAGGCAAUUAUUUGUUAAGCAGUUAACGUUAUUGGCACCCUCAUUUUUCCGUAUUCGAAUCAAAUUUGCCUGUCCACACAUAUCCAACAUGACAUUGUAUCCGGAUUCACUCUAGUAACCAGGUUUCCUUUGGGAAUAUUGGCAACAGAGCAUGUGUUGUAAGGUGCGUAAAAUUUACAUCUUGCUCUGCCUUGAGAGCUCCUGGGAACAAGGUUACCAUCCAUGGUAAAGAAGAACUGGGCUUGAUCUUGUUACGACUUACUGGAUGAAAAAAUAUCCUUACUUAGGGUCCACAUGAUCCUGAAUUCAUAGUUCAAAAAUUUCCACUCUGGAGAGCAGAUUCAAAAAGUUGUGGAUUUGUAUGCUGGAUUCACUGGAUACAUGUAGAUGGAAGCCAUAUCCAGAAAGAAAAAGUUGCAGAUUCAAAAAUAUCCAGAUAGGUGUACAUGUGGACGGGUCUUUACACCUGUAGGUUUGAACUGAAUUGCUAAGUUAUGAACGAGAUACACCUUGUAAAUUUAAUUCAGCAUUACAGUGAUGUUGUAUUGUUAACCAGUAUUAACUUAAAAAUGAAAGACUUAUCAUACCUGCUGAAACUGAAACUUUUCUUGGAUUAAGUUGACAAUUAUUUAUAAUGAUAAAGAAAAGCUGGUUGACUCAAGAAGCUUUUAAAUGUCACUAAGAAGAUUAAUGUGUAUUAUUAUUCAUUCAAAAUAUUUCCCCGAUUCUGAUUGGCUAAAAGCGCACGCAUAAUUCACCAUAACCAGCUACUGAUGACCAAAUUUGGAAGAAUUAUAUGAGUAAUCAACCGAUGACGUCAAAAGUGCAGCUUCCUUGCAGGUUAAUGCACCGUUAACCAGGAAGACCUGGGGACGAGGUUGAGUUUAUUUUGGUUGUGAAAACAAAAAUGGCAGACAUUUCACUUGUUUCAAGAGUAUAAGAACUACAUGUAGGCGAAAUAAUAGCUAAAAACAUGGCAAGAACAGUGGGAAGACAACUCGAAGGGCAACAUCUGCUAUUUGGAGAAUAUAUGCGGAGCUGAACAACCCUAAAAAUGCACUAUUGAAGAUGAAGUUAACAUCGAUGGAGGUAAGCAUGUUUUAGCUACAAUCGGCGACAAAAUUGUUGAGACAUUGUACUUAAAUAGGGUAAUUUCGGAGAACAAAAGAAUCCGCACCCCUCCCCUGUCCCCUCCAUUCAAAGUUGGGGUGUUUGUUGUUUUCUACAGGUAGCUAGAACAAGGGCACAACAUUGCACGGAGGGGAUGGGGGAGGAAAGCUAUAUUUCCUCCUUUUGAAGUUAAUAAAACGUAAAAAAGCCCAGUUUUGGGUGAAGCGUCUCAUCUCAUUUUGUCACCGAUUGUCUGAAUCGAAAUCUACGCGCUGUUGUCUUAUUAGCACUGGUUAGGAGACGGUAACUAGUUGAAAUUGCUAUAUACACCGGGUCGUUUUUCAGAAGAUAGUUAAGAUACCCAUAUAAUCCCUUACCUGUGUUUUUUGAGGGAAAAUUAGUUUUGACAAUCUUUGUACUCGGUAGAGUUUUCAAGUAAUUACGCAGCAUACCCACGUACCGAAUGAUUGAUUUUCCUCUGGUAACUAAGUGUGAUCGGUAGGAAUCAAUGACAGGUAAUAUAUUGUAUCUGAAUAUAUCCCUAGUAAGUUCGAAGUGUUUAUUCAAAGUUUGGCUAUUUGAUAAGGGUGGGAUGGACGAUAAAAUAGCCAUGAUUGCUAUGCGCAGGAGAAUUUUCAGGAAAAAUGUUCCAACUUCUAACACACAGCAAAGCUGCAUAGCAUCGCUAAAUCUGUGCAGCAGUUUCGUUGCCCAUAUACCCAUAAGAGUCUUUGAAGAAUGUACUUUAUUGUAGAAACUAUCAGGUCAGGAGGGGACUGGCCACGAGUAACCACGAGUAACCAACUUUGUUCUUAAAAGAUAAUUAAAUUAUUUUUCUUUUAUACUCAUCGUGGUUACUUGUGGUUACUCGUUGAAAUUCCUCCUAAAGAGCAAUUUUAGCCAUUAUAACUACUUUAAUGCCUAGAAAUCUAUUAAGUUUCCUAUCCUUUUCACUUUGUUCUUUGUUUCGAUGCGUUUCCAUAAAGGAGAGAAUAAGAAAUGGUGAGCGACGCGCCACAUUGCACGAUGUCAAGGCAUGGUUAAGCGUGACACGAAAUCGCCUUAUUCUAAUUGUUCUAAAAUAGGUAUAAUGAAGUCGAACAUGACAAAUAAAAAGCCACCAGGGGUCUUACAUCCCAGCAUAAAGAAAUGAAUGAAUUCAAUUACCUUUCUAAAGGACGUACGGCCACUUUUGAGAUUCAGACAAUGGGCGACUAAAUUGUUGAGACAUUGUACUUAAAUAGGGUAAUUUCGGAGAACAAAAGAAUCCGCACCCCUCCCCUGUCCCCUCCAUUCAAAGUUGGGGUGUUUGUUGUUUUCUACAGGUAGCUAGAACAAGGGCACAACAUUGCACGGAGGGGAUGGGGGAGGAAAGCUAUAUUUCCUCUUUUUGAAGUUAAUAAAAUGUAAAAAAGCCCAGUUUUGGGCGAAGCGUCUCAACUCAUUUUGUCGCCGAUUGUAGGUUUUUAAACUAGGAAUUGUUUGGACUGAAUAAUAAAACAAUUAUUGAAUUUGGCUUUCGUAUCAUAUGAAGAAUUAUGGAGAUCUUGGAAGGUGUUAUCUGCCUCGGCCUACGGCCUUGAUGGAUAACACCUUCCUCAAUCUCCAUAAUUCUUCAUAAGAUACUCAGCCUCAUUCAUUAAUUGUUAAAUUAUAGUUAUUUUCUAUUGAGUGGAUACCCAUAAAAUUCAAUGCAAUUAUUGCAUCAACAAAUUGAGCCGGCUGGCUGCUGGAUGUUCAAGCAUUAACACAUUCACUAAAGUCGAAUGCUAUUGGCGUAAACACAGAGACAUAGUUAUGCUUUGGAAAAUUUGUAAUUUACCCUUAGCUCCCCUCCUUCCAGUUCUCGAAGUCAUCCGGGUCUGCUAUGUUUAUUGUAAAUACACUUUUCUUAUACAUUAGACAACAUGAUAGGUAUGAAAUUGAAAAAUUGCAUUUCACUUGGUCAAAAGGGUUUGAAUGAGAUUUUUUAGUCCUCCAGCAAAGUUUUGUUAGUAAGAAUCUUUUCUUGAUCAAAAAUAGUAAAUUCAUGGCUAUUUUUAGUCUUCAAGGUCGAGAGCAAGUCAAAAUACUGGCAUACUCCUUAUUUCAAGGCAUAUGAAGAAGCUGCGUGAGAAGCUGUGUGAAAACGUGAAGUCAUUCUCUGUAAUUAACCUGUACAGUUCAAAAGUGCAAUUAAAAUGUGCUUAGGUGCUGCAUUAAACCAGUGGUUGACAUGAUUCUUGUACUACAGUAUUUGAUUUGGCAUGCACCUGUAGCUUUUGUUUUUUGCCACAAAGCUUAAUCUUCUUUAGCAAUUUUUUACUGGAGAAAUGCUAACUGGCAAAUAAUUGCUAAUUUUUUUUUUCCAAAGCUUCUGAAAAAACACUGAUGCGCUUUUUGUGAGUGUUAAUUUGAGUUGUGAGCCAGAAAAAAUACAGCUGUAAUUAGUCUAUUCCAAUUGUUGGAAAAGCACCAAAUUAAAGAAUUCCCAACAAUAUUAAGUGUCACACAGCAUGAUACAGGCCUUGUUCUAUGAAGAAUUGAAAGGAGCACAGUGCUCUAAACCUGUGAAAUCCAGGGUACCCUGCAAAUGAUUUCUAUGAAAAAAUAAGAUUUUCCAGUCCCCCAGGAACAAACGUUAGGCACCAGGGACCACUGGUUCUGCUAGGGCAUAAACAGAAAGAGUUAAAAAUUAAACACCACCACAAAUUGUAUUAAUUUUGUUGGUGGUUUGUGUUUUUUCUCCAUGGUAUGUCUUGACAAGCUUAUUGAUGUUGUCAGUGUUUAUUUAAAUGUUAUCUCUAGUUAGUUAUUUAUACAUAAUAUUACGUAAUUAAAAGAGGCUGUCAUGACCAUCAUUUACAUUUUGUUUUUACAGUAAAGUUGAUCCUUCUCAACAUCUAAAAGGCUAUGUCAAUGUCUUAAGUCCUUAAAUUUUUGUGAAGAAUCUUAAUAAUUGUUGCCUUUUGCAGAGGGAGCACCUUGGCUUGUAUUAAAUACCCAGUCUCUUGGGCAAGUUCUUAUAGACAACUGAUAAAUGCUCAAAAAAUAAUUAUUGAUCUUGAGAGAUGCACAUUAUAGAAAGCCUCAAGGGCUUUAACUGUUAUCAUUUUCUUUUUUAAGGCAUCGUCAUACAGAAAAGGAGCACUCUCAACAGGACAAAGGAAACAGAAAGGUUUUUUAAUAUUCAGGCCCUGGUUGUUCAAACAUUAGAUAGCACUAUCCAUGGGCUAAGAAUCUAUCCAGUAGAUAACGCAUUUGGUAUCAGUAAUACUUAUCCGGUGGAUAGUGCUAUCCAGCAUUUAAACAACCAAGGCCAGCUCUCUACAGCUUACUAUAUGUAGUUAAAAAGGCAGUUUGACCGAUAAAAACAUCUGCUUCAGGCUUUUCCCUUUCUGUGGGGUAAUUCAUUUAAUUUUGCAAAAAAAGUUAAUUUGGGAACACCUUAAAAUUUGGACACUUAAAGGUUGGACUUUCAACUCAAACAACCUUGCAUUUAUUGGGUUUUGUGUCUUGGGUCUCAUGGAUUCUUGGUUAUGUAUAUUUACUGUUGCCUAUAUUUUCACAAGUAAUAAGUUGUGAAAGUUAAGGUGAGAAUGACCUGUAACAGUCUGUAAACAUAACAUAAAACUCUAAGUUUUGAACAGUGCUGUAAGGGGCCUAUUGUCUGCAUUUAUCUUUAUAUAUGGUUUUCACAGUGACGUCAUCAAAUUGUAAAGUGAAAAUAGUAACGUUUUACGGAUUCUUAUUUACACUAGGUUGAAGGUAAAAAAAUAAAUCUUGUCCCGUAGCGUGUUUCAUUUCGAAAAUACAGCAAUUUGAAGUUCUGAGUUUUCACAGUGUGUGACACCAAGAUUGGAAUGCUGGCAUGUUGAAAUGAAGUCUCUCCUCAGUACUUUUCAGCAGUAUAACCAUUUCAAGUAUAAGAAGAUAUGUUUGUGUGCAUGUAUGCUAGUUCUCGAGUGAAAAGAAAAAGCUAUUAUAGAAAAAGUGAACUCCAGAUGUUUUUGUUGAUUCCCUGCAGCCAUAUUGGUGCACCAAUAUGGCGUCUCCAUACAAAGCUCUACAAAGGAGUGUGAAACGUUUCGGCAAAUAACUCAGAAACUGUGGGCCACAAAGACCUGAGACUUGAACAAAUUGUUUAUAUAUUAGUCUUUUAUAACAUUUCGUUUUCUUGGCCUCUUCCACUGGACAGUUUCCAAUUUAUUUUUUUGUUGCGUGACAGUGAAAAUGAUCUAUUGAUUAUUAUUUGCUUCAAAUCAGGUCCAAAACCAGAGUUAACAGAGGAACAGAAGCAAGAAAUCAGAGAAGCAUUUGACCUGUUUGAUACUGAUGGCUCAGGUACAAUCGACGCAAAAGAACUCAAGGUAAACACAACUAUCUUGUUAGCUCACUGACCUUAUUAAUUUAUAGGGGCACUCAAGGAAAAUUAAGCAGAUAGUAGGAAUCUAACAACAAAUUCCAGCAAAUAUUAGACUUAAACAUUUGAAGAGGGCCUGUAAGAAGUCCUUUCCAGUCAUGCAAGACAAGACAUACAUUUUCCUAUCAGGCAACUAUUUGUGCUAUGUACUCUAUGGGCACAAACAUUGAACUACAGACUGAGUCAUAAACUACUUGACGUAUACAUAUAAAGACAAGGAUGCAAAUGCUUGAACAAGCAAAAUUUGUGGGAAGUCAGAUGCCAAUUAGUUACUUGUAUGAUGAGGAAAGCUUAAUAUCUGAUCACCUCAGCAUUCUGAUUUUGAAGGAGCAAUGGAAAUUAGUGUUUGCAAACCCUGAUGUUUUUCUCCUCUCUCAUGGCAAAGGUGAUACAAGGAGGUGGCAACAUUCUGUUGAGUUUUCUUAAAACCGUGGACAUGGUUCAUUUCAUCUUAGAUAUUUAUUUUCUCUGGAGACAGGGUAGUGAGUAAAACACUGCUGUGUGUAAAAUGUGUUUUGGCUUGCGUACUGGCAUGAGUGGCUAUGACAGGUGUUUUAAAGCUUCAUGUACAUGUUUGCUUGAGAUCCUUUGUCCAUUCUUUGUUUUUGUCCAACUUCAGCAUUUUGAUUUCCCUUUGUACUAAAGAAUUAUCGGUAAUAUGUAGUUUUUUGAGUAUGCAAAUAUAUAAUGUACUUUUGUACUAUAUUGCAAGCAUAUUUGCAUGAGUGACACUACAGAGAAGUUACAAAAUAUAGAGGGAAACAAAUGUAGAGCUACAAUGUAUUUGUUUGAAGUGUGUUGAGUGGCUCCCAUAUUUGGUGAGCAAGGUUUCAAGGAUGUGCACACAUCAGUAACAGAAAAUGUAGCCCCUCCUUCGCUUGCUGUGUCCUUUGCCACAUAAUUCCGUCAGUUGUUUGAGGGACUACUAGCAGUCUAAAAAUAAUUGUUCCUUUCAUUUACUGGUGCUUGCAGUUUAUCUAUUAUAUAAAUAACGUUACGUUUAAUAACGUAAUCAUACAUGUAGACGCCUGAACUGAAGGACAUUUUAGAGAGAUGGUAGCUGGAAUGUUGUAGAAACAGUUCAGUCCCCUCACAUGUAGCAUACUUUAUUACAAUGUAGAGUACAUUGAAGUAAGCAGUCAUGAAGACUAAAGAUAUCACAAACAUGAUUUUAUUUUCAGGUGGCUAUGCGAGCUUUGGGUUUUGAGCCCAAGAAAGAAGAAAUCAAGAAAAUGAUUUCAGAUAUCGACAAAGAUGGUUCAGGUAUGUCAUAAGGCAGUAUGUAUAAAAAUUAUUACAGCUUAUAAAUAAAUUAUACCGACAGUGCUCCUUGAUGGAGGCCAAUGAAAAGCAAGAAUGCUCUUCAGGCCAAAAGCCAGAGUAUAAUUACUAUUAUUAAGUUGUAUAAACUACAGCGGUUUUUACUUGGGUGAUUUUGUUACCUCCGCAUCCAGCAUCCUAGAGGAUAAAAUCGCAAAAGACACAGUGAAAGUAAUCAACAGAAUGCAUCCUGUAGGACGCACAGAUCGAUCGAUCGUUCUGGAGAUAAUUUUGAAGAAUACAUCUGUAAUAAAACCUAUCUUACAUGUACAGUAAGUCAAGAGAGAAAAGCCCGGAAGCAAUUUUUGAACAAAUAAUGAACAAAAAUAUCUUUAUGCAAACUCCCAUCAAAUUAUUGGUUUUUGCUUUGGGACUCUUGGACUCCGCAAGUGCUGAUUCAAACCAGGCCGAGACUCCCAUCUGUUCAUGAUAUGAGUCUUGAUGUGAGUCUCCGGUCUCAUUAUUGAAAUCUGUAACAAAGUCGCUCACCUUUUCCCCUUUUACUCCUAAUAGUGACCACAACAAAAUCUCCAAAAAAGUCUUUUCUUUUUUAAAAAAUACUAACAAAACUAAAGUUCUUCGAAAGACCGGUUUCGUUUGAAUGGUAACGCCAAAGAAAAUUCAUCCACAGAUUUGAAAGUAAGGGGGACAAAACUAACAAUCGUGUAAUAAUGUGGUCACGAGGUUAAAAGGUUAACUCUUCAUCCAUACACUUUUGAACUGAAACAGCGUUUUUGUUCUGUAUUCUUCAUUAUGCAAUUAAACUGUACAUUGUUUGCUAUGGCUGUUUACAUGUCGGUAUGAAGACUUAACAGGACUGGUAAAUACUUUUACAAAACUGUAUCUUGUAUUUAACGGUACCUCUUUCUUGUUUCUUAGGUACCAUUGACUUCAAUGAGUUUCUUCAAAUGAUGACAGCAAAGAUGGUGAGUGUGACAUACGUGUAAUGUGAUAUACAGUACUUGGAUGUGAGUUUCCUUUUAAUAGUUUACAUUGUAAAAUUUGAUAUUAGGGAUUUGCAUAGUUUAUAAAAGCGGUUAGUUUCUAUUUUAGUAGAAUAACUACAAUUACAUUGUUAGCUUUUAUUCAUUCCUUUAGAGUGAAAAGGAUUCUAAAGAGGAAAUUCUAAAAGCUUUCAAGUUAUUUGAUGAUGAUAACACGGUAGGCACUUUCUCCACCACAAUUUUGUUACACUAAAUAAUGAUACUGUAAGUAAUACUUAGCCACCUGAACUCUUCAUUGAUUUAUCUCCCCCUAAGUUAAGAAGCGACCAUGAUUUAGUAAUGAUGACCUUUCGGCUCCACCUAAACAAGAUAAAGAUGUGUGCUUAAAGACCUGGAAGAUGUAGUAGCCUUCCAAGUAAUGAUUGGAGGAGGAUUAGCAUCGCCCACCACGCUCGAUGUAGAUAACAUAGAAGUGGAUACACCAAUUAACACUUUCAUCGCAGCAGUGACUGAAACAGCCAGCGAGAUCCUUGGCAAACGCAGAGCAGUUAAAAAAUCUUGAGUCACAGCUGACGUGUUGAGCGUAUUUGACGAACGAAGAGAACUGAAGUGAAAAAGACAUGGGAUAGAAGAACGGGCAAAAGGUACAACGAACGAAGACAACUGAAGAAGAAAAGACAUGGGAUAGAAGAACGGGCAAAAGGUACAACGAACGAAGAGGACUGAAGAAGAAAAGACAUGGGAUAGAAGAACGGGCAAAAGGUGCAACGAACGAGGAGAACUGAAGAGAAAAAGACAUGGAAUAGCAGAACGGGCAAAAGGUACGACGAACGAAGAGGACUGAAGAAGAAAAGACAUGGGAUGGAAGAACGAACAAAAGGUACAACGAACGAAGAGAACUGAAGUGAAAAAGGCAUGGGAUAGAAGAACGGGCAAAAGGUGCAACGAACAAAGACAACUGAAGAAGAAAAGACAUGGGAUAGCAGAACGGGCAAAAGGUACGCCGAAAGAAGAAAACUGAAGAAAAAAGACAUGGGUAAUCCCGAGUGAAAUUCACAGGGAUGAUGAGGGAGCAAAAGCCAAAAGAAUUUUCGUGGAUGUCUAGCGAAUUUUUUUUCAGAAUUUUUCCCCUUUGGAAAUGACCCAUCCUCUCCCGAUGAAAGUCAAACGAGCGGCCACCCUAUUGUAGGGAGUAGCAAUGCCUUCUGGGUGGUCAUUCCGCCAUUUUGUCUUUUUUCACGAGAAAACUCAUUUUCUAAUUGGGCUGUGCCACAGGCAGCCCAAUAACAAAGCCAUCAGUGAAGUCUUCCUUUACGACGAACGACCAUCGGAGUCAGACAAGGCUGUCUUCUCUCACCAACUUUCUUGGACAUUUUUCUGGAGAGAAUUAUGACUGACCCAAUGGAGGAACAGUCAGUAUCGGGGCAGAACAAUCACCAACUUAUAUUUUGCUGAUGACAUUUAUGGCUUGGCGUGAAAAGAGGAGAGGCUAGCCUCUCUGGUGGAUCGCCUGGAAAGAAGACCAAACUGAUCACGAAUAAAAAAUGGCGUAAGCGUUGACAUCAGAGUCAACGGCAAAAAACUGGACAAAAUGGACAGUUUUAAGUGUGUGGGCACAGUCAUCACAGAUCAAGGUUCUAAGCCUAAAGUACUGUCCAGAAUUGCACAAAUGACGGCAGCUCUAUCGAAACUGAAGACCAUAUGAGUGAUCUGGAAUGAUAAGAAUAUCUCCCUUAGCUCAAAGAUCAGACUCAUGGAGACUCAUGGGCUCCCUGAUUGUCUCGGCAUUCUUGUACGCCUGCGAAACCUGGUCAUUGAUCGCGAACAUCCAGAAGAAACUGCAGGCCACGGAGAUGAGAUGCUUUGGAAACUGUUGGCAUCUCAUACAAAAACCACAUCACUAACGAUGCAGUCACAUACAAAAUCAGGCAAGCCAUUGGGUCCCAUAAUAAUACCUUAACAACGGUAAAGAAAUGUAAGUUGAAGUGGUUUGGGUAUGUAGAAAGAUCAGCAGGGCUUGCCCAGACAAUCCUGCAAGGAACAGUGUAAGGAGGGGAAGGGUUGCAAGGUCUGUCUCCCCAACAAUCAUCAAGACUAUGUGAUAGGUGAGGGUGCAGGUGCAAAGUUACAAGUUGUGUUCGUGUUGGCGCAAAUGAAACCAUAGUUUACAUUGUCAUAGAGAAGUCAUUCCAGGACUGGACAAGUAGUGAAAAUGCCAUAAAUUGACCUGUAAGUUUAGAUUCAGUGAUACCGUGCUUUUUCGGGUUUUGAUGGGUAAGCUGUUUAAAAUUUUGACUUUCUGAAACCCUCCACUGUUGUAUGUCCAUGAAGAAUAGUCUUCUGAAUGUUCGCAAACCCACUUGCAUGUCUUAUUUUUGUCGUCAUAUUACUUGUGUAAUGUACAAUGAUGUCAUGAUAUGUUCUGCUCACAGGGGAAAAUUUCAUUUAAAAAUCUCAAGAGAGUCGCUAAAGAACUCGGUGAAAAUUUAACAGAUGAAGAAUUACAGGUGAGAUAAUGAUAGUGAAAUGCAUUGUACGUGUUAGGGUAUCGAACCAAUUGGCUUUAAGGGUUAGGAGAGCUGCCACAAAGUUUUCUACAAGACGUCAUUUGGUGUCUAACCCAGCAGCCCCCCUCCCCCCGUGUUCCCGUGUUAAUUUAAACAUGGAUGGAACAUGGCAGCUUGGCAGAAGUGUUAGCAUGUAAUACUGCUGAAACUGGUGACAUUUGUUGCAGUUGAUUCAUUAUAGUCAUGACAUUGUUUUCUAAACUAACUACCGAAAACCCCGAAUCAAGGGAGGAGUCACUUUGAUCUUGAGGUUCUCUGCGAGUAUCUAUACCUUUUUCUUGAGUUUAGCUGCAGUGUAAUCUGUUAAUAUGAAAAAAAGAGGUCUGGAGUCUGCUAGAUUCGUUUUUCUAGCUGGGGAAGCUUUAUGGGUUUUUAUUUUGUGCAGUCCUGUUUCUACGUGCUUGGCGUUUUUAUUUACCUUUGUUUGGAGUGAAGAAAUAAAGAAAAUUUCGUAGUAGAGAGCGAAGCAUGCCAGCUGAGGUUGACGUACCUUGUGUGUUUCAUUUUCUGGAUGGGAGAAACUGUAGCUGACAACUAACUGCUGGAUAAGUUUCGUGGACAUUUAUUCGGUAUUUCGUAAAAACGCUCUGAUCGGAACCUCAUCUCUUACAAACACUGUAAUUUUCAGUACUGUACUGUGAUACAUACGCCGCGCCUGGGUUACCUGUGGCCUCGGUGGGUGAUGAACAUAACAUAAAAAUAAAACUUAUGAUCUUAUAUUUUAUUAUACCUUAUUACACUCCUUUUGCCUUUUAGGAAAUGAUCGAUGAGGCAGAUAGAGAUGGGGACGGCGAAAUCAAUGAAGCCGAAUUCCUUCGUAUCAUGAAAAAGACAAGCUUGUAUUAAGCCACUUUCCUUUCAGAAGAAGAUGUAAAGUUAAUGAUUCUAUGUGUACAAAGAAGUAACUGCAAUCAAGAAAUUUUUCACUUUCUGUUUCUAUUGGAUAUCUUGGAUAAAGAAACCUUGCACAGGGAGGCUUUCAUGCCAUUUUAAAAAUAAUUGAGUCUCUUGCGAUUGUUUGACUAUUCAAGCAAUGUUACUAAGUACUGUCACCUCUGUUUCAGCUUUGGAAGGGCUUUGAUUCAGACGCCGAACUUUUCAUGUACCGAACCAACGGCGUAAAUUAUUAUAACUUACACUGUAAGCAGUUUUAAUAACCGAAAUGAAAAUUUUUCUCCCUUUGAAUUUAGUUCAGCUGGAAUUAAGAUCGGCGUGUGAAUCAAUUCAGCCUGUGUAAAUAAUUUGGGUCGGCCUUAAUUCGAAUAAAGUUCGGCUCAUGAAAAGGUCCACUCGGCGUCUGAACCAGGCAGUAGAGUUACGUCACUCUAAAUUAAACGGACUGUGUUGAGACCGGCUCUCGGGGUGGAUACAAAAGUCAGAACUGCCCUACCGAACCACUCAUUGUUUCCCAGAGGUGUAGGGAGGGGUCCAUCUUAUAUAGAGUCAAAAAAGUGACUCAAGGAAGGCAAUCUAGGUUGGUUGGAUGGUAUGGAGGUGUCCUAUAAGAGCUUUGUAG